CAUCUGCUAUCGGCGACGAGCGACCCCACGAACGAGAGAUAUGGAUGUUCAAGCACAACAAAGAUGUGCCUUAACCAGGAAAGCGCCAAAAUUGUCACGACUUCAAAAGCCGCAACCACGAAAACAAAUUGGCUUGACCAAUAUCUCAAGUCUCCAGAAUGUUAUCAACAAGAACUGUAGCAACCUGCAGAGUUCUUUAUUGACAACAGAUUCUGUAAACAUCCUAUCUGAAGAUAAUUACUGCAGCAGCUUACCAAGGAACGACAGGUACAAAGACUCGUCAAGUGAUCCAUUGUGUAGUGACGAUGAUGAUGUUGUGAUAACGGGUGUAAGCCACAUUCCACUUAGCUAUAGUCAAGAAGCAUUAGAGGAAGCAACCAACAAUUUGAUUUCUGCUUUAAAUAUAAACAAACAGAAUCACCAGACGACAAACAAUAGCAACCAGAUUGAUGUCAACGCUAAUAAUGUAGUGAAAACAUCUCCAGAUGAAGUGAAAAGGAAUUUAGUUGAUGCUAUGUCGCAAGCAGUUAAGAAAAGGGCCCCUCGAGGAAACAAGCUUAUAAGACCUCCACCUUUGAAAACCAAAUCCUUACAGCAAAGUUGUGAAGCCCUGGAGAUGGAGCUGCUGAAUUACGUAGAGAAGCUAGUUGAUGACAGGCUGUCUCUCCAAUGUACCCUACAGUUCCGAGACUUUGUCAGUAAAAAUGGUUCUAAGAUUGACGAAAGAAACAAAGGGCUGAUGGACAAUUGCUUUGACUGUAUCCAAGAGGCCAUCACACGAAACACACUAGAUAGUGUAGUAGAAAUCAACCUGAAGGACAUCCUGCUCCUCCGCAGACAGAACUGGAACCCCCCACACAUGCAGGAUCGGUUCCAGAAGGGUCAGACAUCAGAUGUGACAUGGAAAGAGAUCUCUAUGAAUCUGAGUGGGUCAAGUGAUUCCUCAUAUGGUGACUCGGAGGACACAGAGUCUAGUCCUGGACAAGUCACAACCAGAACAGAGACGUCUACACACCUCAUACAAACCCAGCAAAGUACAGACUCUGGGUUUGGCGAGGAUGAGAUUCUCUGGGACUGUGAAGAGGAAUUCUGCAAAGACUUACAAGAAAUUAAUGGUUUCUCUAAAACAAGGUUGGAGGACAUUCCUGAGGCAGAAUGCCAGGGAAAUAAAGAGAUUGCAGAAUUGUUAGCUGGACUCCAGAUUACUGGAAAGAAUCAAAGCCUAGUUAAAGAGGCAGAACAAAUUUUACGUUCACAUUUCAAUGAGAGGAAAUCAACAUCACCGCCUCAAGUGACCACCUACCAACCCCCUGCCCCUCCAGAAAAUUCCAGCUUCCCUACAUCACCAGUUAAUUGCAUGCCGUCGCAACCACCAAAGGCAGACAACUACAAACUUCAAAAGAGCGUGGACUUGUCUAAGUCAGCGGUGCCCCUGUUAGACCACUGGUACCUACUGCCCCCUCCCCCACCACCACCAAUGGAGGAGGAGGAGUCAGAGCACCACCCUGUCAGGCUAAACAGACAGCUGUCAGAGACCAAACAGAGAUAUGACAGUAUAGUCAUAAGGCAGCCUAUAGGAGCAGGAAUCAGCGCGGACCUUUUACAGGAAAUAGAAAAAACUAUGCCAGAUUGCAUAUUUACAGCAAGGGGCAGGAGAACCAUGUUUAGUCGGUAUCGCUCAGCCAUGGGCAAAAGUUGUUCUGCAGAUUCAGAACCAGUGAUACACCACUAUAGCAAGGAACAGCUGCUAGCCUGUAGUGACAGUGUGUACGCCAAACAACCUCCAACAGAAUGGUCUUACCUGAAGAAAGUCUACCCAGAUAUCUGUCUAACAAAGGUGAGUAACUACUUUGACAGAAAAUUUUACCCAAGAAACCCGAUGGAGAAAGUUGUGCCGUCCAUGAUGUGGCAGGCUCUGGCGCGACGUGACUCUGUGCCAUCGCAUGAUCAGGCUGUUAUACCGGAGGAGACUUGUACGUGGUAGACGUGUAUGUGGGAGUGGAUACCUUAAUAUCUACACUUGUAUUGGAGGAGGUGUUAAUGGUAUAAUUAUCCUACAGAAGAUUUAACUAGUCAGUGUCCAGAUGUUAACCAUGGACUUAGUCAGUGUAGUGUUAACCCUAGACUUAGUAUUCUGUUGAUCAGAGUCCUGCUCUAGUGCUUUCAGAUAAAUGAUUAAAAUAUGUACAAACUGAACAUUUUUCUCAGUAAAACACAAACUUCUGUUCAUCUGCAGACUUGUGAUUGUUGAAUGGUGAAGUACCUACUAAGAUUUGUGAUUGUUGAAUGGUGAAGUACCUACUAAGAUUUGUGACUUGUAGCAGUGAUAUUUCACGGCUGGAACUAGUGCUUUGUGUGUGGUCUCCUGACAUUUUAAUCCAAUCCUGACGUGCCCCAUGAACUGGUAUUAUGGAAUUGGAGUGUUCUUUUAUCCGCUUAGCUGGUCUUUGUGGAAGUAAUAGUAGCUGUAGAUGAAACCGGAAAUACUAAUCCGUGUUGAUGUAAAAAAUACUUCCUUUUUUGUUUCUAGAAGUUGAUAUGAUAAUAGUCUGAAAAUAAUAAGAAUGCUUCAUGAUUUAGCACUGCUACAUUCCCGUAAUAAAAAACCCAGCGUGAUGUGACUAUAAAAAUGCAUUUCUAAGCUCAGACACUCCUGGUGUGUUCGAGUGAGAGGUUAAUGAGAAAAUUAGCAGGAUGAAAUUAUUGUUGUGAUAAACCUCUACAGAAGUGGAUACAUUUAAAUGAAAAUCCCUUAGAAAUGUAUGUAUGAAUAUUUCAUGUCAUUAUCAGUAGUAGACUGUGUAUUCCAGAUGUGUUAUAGAAAAACAUACAGUACCAAAAUUUGGAUUGUACAGAGCUUCUCAGUAAAUUUACUUGUGAACUAUACCAGAAGGUAGUACAGAAAACUUAUGUUCAGUAUCAUGUACACAACAAUAUCAGUUAUUGGUUAGCAUAGCAAGUAAUUAUACUGUGUCACAGCAUCAUAGAAGCUUAUAUAGUGCUACUCUCUUUUGGUCAGUUCAACUAUUAAAAACUAGAGUUUCUGGAGAACUUUAAUUUGAACUUGAACUUGGUUCAAACAAAUUAAUGUCUGAUUCAUUUGAUUAGUUACAUGUAUUUGAAAAUGUUUAUAUUUCAAGUAGUACAAUGUAAACAUGUUAAUUAUUUAAAAUCUUGUACUAAGCUCAAUAAUUAUGGUUGUGAAGUGACUUGUUAAGAUACAAUAUUUUUUCUCUGAUCUUGACAAGUGUUAACCUACACCAUCUUAAUCUCACAAUUUCUAUUACUGAUGUCAACAUUAUAUAAAAAAUAUAGUAAGUACAGCAUUAACAGUUUUAAUAUACAUUUUGUAAUGAUAAACCCAACUUACACAAUAACGUACUCAUUUGAUAAAUUCACCUUAAUAGCCAUGCAAUACACAUAGAUAUAGUUCUAUCUAAUACCAUGUUAUACUGUGUAUGUAUACCGCAUACCUUUUCUUUAUUACUGUUAGCCUGAGUUCAAAAUCAUUGUCAGCAAAGUCGUUACCUAGUCAUAUCUAGCUAUGUAUUUUUAGGUCACCUGAGCUUUGCUCAAGUGACCUAUUCUAAUCGCUUUCCGUCCGUCGUG